CCCCAUCUCCAAGGUGCACGAUCUAAGUACAAAGAAAUAGCUUGGAGUGUUUACUGACUAUACUUAGUAAGAGUGAAAACAAGAAAACAAUCAUUCCAGAGAAGAGAAAGCAUGGAAGAGAAGAGAGGUUGCAUUGCCUUCUUCGCAACCUAUAAUCCACCGGUGCCUCUGGACAUAUUCUCAUGUCCCGUUCCACCUACGUCGAAGCAUGAUGAGCUACAAAUGACUGAUGGUUUGUCCUACAAUUACAACUGCCGAGUCAUUCCGCCACAAGCUCUCAAGACCAUUAUCAAGCGUCCCAAAUUGGCUUCUGAAGCCACAGAAGCUGAUGUUGAUUCUGGUCCUCUCUCAGGCUUGGUUUUUGUCUCCGAACGAGACAAGAACCUCGAGACGCUUCACAUAGCUCUUCGCUUCACUAACAAAGUUAAAGUCUUCAGUUUCGCCGACGUCUACGGCACUUUCAGUGAUGUUCGCAUGGAAGACAGUGGCUGCAUUGCCGGUGGUUAUAAGGUUGGUAAGCGAACUAUCGAUCAUUCUCUUGUCUAUGUCACCACCAAGGACCCGGCGAAAGAUCGUCGUCAACCGUGGACUGUCGUUUAUAAAACCAAUCUUAAGACCGGAAAAACUGAAUCCCUCACCCCAUCAGGGGUAAGUGAUUUAAGCCCAUCUGUGACACCAUCUGGAAGAAAGGUAGCGGUGGCGUCAUUCCAGGGAAAGGGUUGGAAUGGCGAGAUUGAAGAUCUCCAGACUGAUAUUUAUGUGAUGAACGUAGAGAAGCCUCCCUUGGAGCGCAAGAGAGUUAUAAAAAAUGGUGGGUGGCCAACAUGGGGAAGUGACACUGUCAUAUUUUUUCAUCGAAAGGUUGGGGAAUUUUGGGGCGUGUUUCGAUACGACAUUAGCAGCGGUGAAACAGUCCGUGUGACACCGGACGGUAUUGAUGCGAUAACUCCGGCAGCCAUCAACAAAACCAAAGUGGCAGUGGCAACUAUCCGUCAGAAAUCGAAAUUCAGUGACGUUCGUGUAGAAGCACAAUAUCGACAUAUUGAGAUUUUUUAUUUAACUUCACCAGAACAACCCAUAAAAAUAACUCAAACUACGAGACCAAAGGCUGACCAUUUCAACCCCUUUGCCAUAGAUGGUGGGAAGUGCAUAGGUUACCAUCGAUGCAAGAGCGAACUUCUUAAGGUACCAACUAAUAGGUUAAUUAUUAAAUAUGUUAGGAGCACUAAAAUAAUUUUUUUUUUUAAUUAUAGGAAUGUGUUAUCCUUUUCGGAGUGAAUAAUCUU